AUUCAUAUCCUCAUUUCCUAGAAGCGCGAUACGUUUCCUUGUAUGUCGUGUUGUAUGCUACGUGUAAAGCCACCUCAAGCUACAAGAUGGCUCGACGUGGUAUCUUCAAAUAUCUUAAAGAUGACAUGUGCGAGUAUUAUCCAAUUGGAAACACGAGAUCUGUGGAUGUCACCCAUGGAUGUCAGGUUGCCGAGGAGUGUAACAUUUUGCUGCUUGGAUGUGGCGACAUCCGACACGUCCUUCACACCAUGCACGUACUACACGAAGAUGGCACGACAAAGGCAAAGAACCAGGCAAUAAACUUUCACAUCAAUGACAUCGAAGACGGCAUCUUGGCGCGGGAUUUGGUCUUACUCUUCCUUGUUAGAACCAUUAAUCCAUCAGAUACUGACGAACUGAAGACUCUAUGGGCAGUUUGGUACGACGUGUUACUAUCAAAGGCACACCUACAAAAACUGAAAGAGGUGAUGGAAGAAUUAUCAGAUCUCAAAUCAGGCACAAAUGGUAUAUAUUUUGGAAAUGGAAAGACAGAACUGAAAAUAAAACAAGCCCUCCAGUCAUGGUUGAAAUUUGAAAUUUCAGGUAGACAGACAAUCUAUAAACGAACCAAUUUUCUUACAGCGAUGUACGAUGAACACUUUCCUGAAAGAUCAGUGCAGAGAGUUUCCUCAAGGCUCGUCGCCCAAAGCAACCGAUUGGAUUACACAGAACGUUUGAAAGACAGAUACCAACAAGAAGUUCGUGAAUAUAUCACAAGUGGCGUGUCGAGGGCUAAUUCAACAGCAAUGACCUCUGAAAGAAUGCUGGAUAUAUUCCAUGGCAACGUAACUUUUUUCAGACCAGGAUGUGAUGAUUGGAAAGUAGAGGACAACAGCUGUCCUUUUAUGUGCUAUGACGUGGAACUACAGCUGGACAGAUACAAUGGUGGAGAUACCACAAUGUGCUCUUUAUUUCUUGAAAUAUUGAGGAAAUGGGUGAAGAGCUACCAAGCUACAAUUAAGUCUGGAUGUACUGCCAGGUUCUAUCUGUGGCUGGGGGAUGCAAUAGAGGUUUGUGAAGCAGACCUCCCAAACAAUCUCCUAUUUGACUUCAUCGACACAUCGAACAUUGCGGAUAGAGUUGGCCUGAUUCCGUUACUGAUCCGUUGCCAAGAGAGACUCCAAAAGCCGAAUGGGGUUCUGAGGACAGAGACCUUUCAUUGGGACAAAGGCACAGCUUCCUUGUUAGAAUCGUUUCUGCGCCAGUGUUUGGAUAUUCCUCAGUUGAUGUAUCCAACUUUCUUUGGUCUCCAUCUUGCUGAAGAGCUCACGCUCGGUCACGAGAAUAUCCUUGAAGCCGGAUCAUUUGUUGGAGUAACAAAGUUAGCCUUAAGAUGGAAGGCAGCUAGGGAACAGGAGAUAUUGACAUUGUCUGCAGAUGGAGGGGAUGCCCUGUCCAAAUGUCUUGCUCAACUCCAAAAUAGAAUUGAAGUGCUGGACGUCCGCGAUACUUGUGGCUACAGCACAACUAAAAUAGACAGUAUAUCAAAGGAGAGGUUGAUGCACAGACUCAGGAAGAUCACCACCGAAAGAGCACCUGCAGAUUCAGACAUUUCUUCAGGAAACACGUUUACUGUAAUCGAGAACAUCGAUCACUACCAGGUGAGGAUUGAAACUGAUACAGAAUCCCUGAAAGAUGGAAUCUUCACAACUGACAUGGAUGCGGGAGAUCCACAUGUUGUGGGGCUGAAGAACUGCCGUAUUGGGUGUACAGGCUUUAGUAAGACACUUCGAUUUGCAUGCGGUAUCAACAUCAAGUCCAGCAACAUCAAACUAUCCAGGAAGAGAGGAACUAUUGAAGCUCGCUUCGAAAAGGAUCCCAGUUUCACUCAAGGAGACCGACUUUUACCCUGGAAGAAACUUGAUGCAGGCUUCAUUUUGAAUCUUCCAGACUUCCCACGGUCGCCGUUUGGAGAGGUCUCAAUUAGUUGUUAUGCUCGAUGCAUGCACUUUGGACCUCUUCCUGAUUUGCAGACUGCCACACCAUUGAAACAGUUCCAGUCCAUAGUAUUAUACCUGAUGAAAACUGUUCCAUUUUCAUUAGGCGUACCAACAAUCGUGUCCAUCAGAGUUCCAAGUCAAGCAGAUCCGUCUAUCAGAGUCAACAGCAGAUUCUAUCUGGAGGAUCUGAAGAUUUAUGAGAAUAAACCAACGCUGUUUUUGACUUUCAUAGAUUUGGAUAAAAUGACGCAGCUCCUAGCGAAAGACAAAAUCAGCCAAGAAGAAAGCUCACCCUUCCUUCCCCUGCUCUGGGGGUGUAUGGAAUUGGAUUCACAGUCUUCCAAAUAUUUGGCUCCGGGGUUUUCAAUUCUGAUGCAAAUUCUGGAACUGAACUCUUACCGGAGAGCCCAAGACUACUGUCAGGAACCAGACAAAAGAUGGGUGAUGAGAACAUACUUGAGAGCAAGAUACCCGUACAUGGAUUAUGAGACGUACAAUAUGCAUCUGUCGGGGAUUACAGAAGAGGAUGUCAUGAGUAAAAAAAGAUUUACAUCGAUAGCCGAGACCCGUCUUGGAAAACAUGACUCCUCCAGGGACCAGGAUAUGACAUCCCAGGCCUCCAGGCCUUCCACCCAUUCUUGUGACAGUUGUGGCAGGACAUCAUCAGAGUGCAAGAAAUGCACGGGAUGUCACCUUGUGUUCUACUGUGACCGGGCAUGUCAGAGGAAGGCGUGGCCUGUGCACAAACAUAUCUGCAGGCGUACUUGAAGUCAUUGUGACAAAUAUGAAAGGACCUACAGACCUCUCGUCAUUAGCAGAAACAACAAUAUUCCAUGUAAUCAGACCUACAGUGAGUGAGUGAGUUUUGUUUUAAGCCGAACAAUAUCACGGUGGCGGACACCAGAAAUAGGCUCACACAUUGUACCCUCAAAGCUACAAGUUAAGUGAAAGCGAGUGAUAACUGAUACAUGUUCUUAUCAAUGAAAUUUAAGUCAUUCCUUGUACAAAUUCUGCAAAAUUAGAAGACAAUGCUUGCUGUAUAUGUAACAUUAAACCUUCCUUUACAUUGUUGUGAACAUGAACAUAUGGUAUAUAUUGUAAAUUAUUCUGCAGGCAAUUCAACUAGAGCAUCUGAAGCUUUGUUGGAAAAUAUCCCCUUAGCAAUAGGAGAGCUAAGGUAAUCCGCCCGAGAGAUCCAUUCUUCCUUGUUAACUGCAGAUACUGCCAUAACGUAGUCUUCACUUGUUUGGCAACCUGGUUUUAUCCUGGCUCUUUGUGACCUACGGAGAGGUGGGGUCGGCAAUAUCCUUCUCCUACGAUGUUCGGAUACAGGUCUAUCUGGAGUCGAUGUCCCGCAGGCUGCAUCAGGCGGGGGAACAUUAGGUUCCACUGCUGGAAGAUCUGGAAUGUCAGCUACGUCGGCUGCUUCUUCGUUAUCUUGAUCUAUGCGAUCGUCUGCUUGAACCUAAUCUAUGUGAUCUUCUGCAUGACCUUGAUCUUCGUGAUCUUCUGCAUGACCUUGAUCUUCGUGGUUCAUUGCUUGACCUUGAUCUACGUCCAGAAUGGUAUCUGUAUCCACUUCAACCUCACCUUCAGCUGGCCCAUCAGCUGGUGUACCAACUGAAUUUGAAGGGUCUGGUCGUGUCAAAGGUAACAUUAUGUCAUCAUCAACAUCAUCAUCUGAACUCUCCUUGGUUUGCAAUUCCUCAGGGAAUUUCUGGUCAGAUGCUCCAGAAUGAGGUCUUGACACCUUGGAUUUUUAUCUUAAUACUGGUACAGAUGCAUCUGGGAUUGGUAAAGAACCGAUAGGAAGUAACAAAUUCCUAUGGAGUGUCCUUGUCUUCCCUGGGUUUGGUUGUUUCAGAACGACAUAGACGUCCUUUCCCCAUUUAUCAGCGAUCGCUUGCCAUCAAAUGCUACUAUUUUCACCAGAACCCGAUCUCCCGUCUCCAGCAUGGCUUCUGUAGCUUUGACGUCAUACGUCUCUUUCUGUCUUGCUUGAGGUUUGUUCACAGCUUUAGAAGCAAGAUCAUAGGCUUGUUUAAGUCUAUCCCGUAGAGUUUUGGUGUACUGACACACUUUAAAAAAUCAUUUUAAAAAUGUAUUUCAUAAUGAUUUUGUUGGGA